GUGUUUAUUUAUUCAUCUUUGAAGAACCCGCCUUUGUCAGCGAAGUCUCGCGAGAUUUGUGCUGAAGUUCGGCAUUUCAGUAAUUCAUAGAGUUAGGCGAAUAUGACGGCGGAAAUUUAAAAAAACCUGUUUUACAUCUUCAAUUAUGAACAAGACAUCUACUCCACCUAUAGUCAAGUCACAGUUGAGCAGCAGUUUAAAAGAAAGGCUGAAAAAAUGUGGUCGUUACCAUGCUUCUCCUGAACCUGUUGCCAGGGAACCAAAAAUUCCAGUUGGUGCCCCAACAGAAGAAAGGAAACAGACUGAUUUAAUAGAAAAAAGUGCAUCCUUUUCACCACAAAUUAAGAGGCAGUGCAUGACUGAUCAGUCAGGUACUCUUCACAGAGGAUACAAGGAGUUUACUGAUUGCCAUAGUAACAAGACAUCAUCGUUGGUCAGUGUGUCUACUCUCUCUCAUCAGCCCUCUAGUUUACAUGUAGAGAAAACAAAAUUAGAUGAAAAAGCUGCAAAAUGUAAUGCCAGUAACAGUUCCUUGAAUCAAACACCAUUAACGCAAAGGUCAAGGUCAUCUGCAUCUCGGGCCAAAGGCAGCAAACUUUCUUUUGAAGAUGCAAACAAAGAAAAUGACACAGCUCUGGAAAAACCUAGAGGCACUUCUUCAGAACAGUCCGACAGAAGUGAUUUAACUGAUCUCGAUCCAUCUGUAGUGUCAUCAAGGUCAAGGUUAUUGAAAGAAGUUGAAACAAAAGAGGAACAAUUACGGAAGCUAAGGAUGGUUAAAAUGUACAGAUCAAAGAAUAAUCUGGAAGAGUUACAGAUCUUGAUAGAUAAAUGGCGAGCUGUUUCCCAGCAGGCAGUGCAGGAUCUCCAUGCAGCUAUGCCGGAACCCAGACCAUCUCUUACAGAACUUAUAAACCAUCUCGGAAUAGACCAUGAGCUUCUUCAUUUUAGUGCAGAGGAUGACGAAACUUUCUUUUAAUGAAGUCUUGACCUAUAUUUCUCAAUUUUUGAAGUCAAAAUGUGAGGCUUUAUGUUUGCAUUUUUGUGCCCACCCAUAAGUGGUGGGGGCAUAUAGAUUUGGUCUUGUCCGUGCGUGCAUGUGUGCGUCCGUCCAUCCAAAGUUCGUGACGCGCCUAGCUCAGAAAGUAUUUGAUAUAAAUUGAUGGAACCUUGCAUGAGUCUUUAUCAUGAUAUGAACUUGCGCACCUCCUAUUUUUUAUCUGGCUCCGCCCCCUAUUUCCAUAGUUAUUGCCCCUGAAAUAGUCAAAAAUGCACAUUUUCACCUUGUGACACACCUAGCUCAAAAUGUGUUUGAUGUAGAUUCAUGAAACCUUGCAUGAGUAUUAAUCAUGAAAUGAACUUGUGCACCUCCUAUUUUUCAUCUGGGUCAGCCCCCUAUUUUGAGAGUUAUGGCCCCUGAAAUAGUAAAAAAUGCACAUUUUCACCUUGUGACACGCCCAACUCAAAAAGUAUUUAAUAUAAAUUUAUUAAACCUUGCAUGAGUCUUUAUCAUGAUAUGAACUUGUGCACCUCUUAUUUUUCAUCUGGGUAAGCCCCCUAUAUGAUAGAGUUAUGGCCCCUGAAAUAGUCAAAAAUGCACAUUAUGACGUUAUGACGUGCUUACCUCAAAAAGUAUUGCAUAUGAAUUGAUUAGAGCUUGCAUGUGUCUUUAUCAUGAUAUGAACUUGCAUACCUCCUAUUUUUUGUCUGCCUCUGCCCCCUAUUUUCAGACUUACGGCCCCUGAAAUAGUCAAAAAUGCACAUUUUCACCUUGUGAUGCACCUAGCUCAAAGAGUUUAUGAUAUAAAUGGAUUAAAACUUGCAUGUCGUGGGCUGAGCGCGAAACUAUUGUAACUGUAUAUAAAUAAAGAAUAAGAUAUAAUAGUUUCGCGCUCAGCCCUCGAUGUGUCUUUAUCAUGAUAUAAACUUGCACACCUCUUAUUUUUUGGCUGGCUCCUUUCUCUAUUUUUAGCUCACCUGAGCCAAAGGCUCAUGGUGAGCUUUUGUGACCGCUCAAUGUCCGUCGUGGGUCGUGCGUCCGUCAACAAUGUCUAAAAAAAUAUUCUUCUUGAAAACCACUGAGUAGAAUUACACAAAACUUCAAGGAAUGAUCCUUAAGUGGCCCCCUUUCAAAAAUUUUCAAAGAAUUGAAUUCCAUGCAGAACUCUGGUUGCCAUGGCAACCGAAAGGAAAAACUUUAAAAAUCUUCUUGUCCAAAACUGCAAGGCGUAAAUUCUUGAUAUUUGGCAUGUGACAUCAUCUAAUUUUUCCUCUAUGAAGAUUGAUCAAAUUGUGUCCCUGGGGUCACAAGUUUUACAUAGACUUAUAUAGGAAAAAACUUUAAAAAUCUUCUUGUCUAAAACCAAAAGACCUAGGCCUUUGAUAUUUGGUAUGUAACCUCUAUCAAAAUUGUUUAAAUUAUAACCCUGGGGUGAAAAGAGGCCCAGCCCCAGGGGGUCUCAAGUUUUAUAUAGGAAAAAAAUUAAAAAAUCUUCUUGCCUUAAACAGCAAGGCCUAGGCUUUUGAUAUUUGAUAUGUUGCAUUGCAUUGUGGUCCUCUGCCAAAAUUGUUCAAAUUAUGCCCCUGGGGUGAAAAGAGGCCAUGCCCUUGGGGUCCCAAAUUUAACAUAGACUUGUAUAGGGGUUAAAAAAUCUUCUUGUCUGAAAGUUCAAGGCCUAGGCCUUUGAUAUUUGGUAUGUAGCAUUGCCUAGUGGAUUUCUAAUAAGAUUGUUGAAAUUAUGCCCCUGGGAUGAAAAAAGGCCCCGCCCUGGGGUCACUUGUUAUAUGAGUUAUAUAGGAAUAAAUACUUAAAAAAUUAUCAGAUCAUAUUUCCUAGUCUGUUUUAUUAUGAUUACCUGAUGACCACAAUCAAUUAGGGGUCACUUGACUGUGACCUUGACCUACUGACCUACUUUCUUGUUUUUUAAGUUACAGCCUUGAAAUAUGUAUGAUAUGUACAGUUUUGCACACCGAUCUUAAAACUGACUUUCAGUGACCAUGAAUGUGACCUUCUUUCUAAUAUUUUAGCAUCAGUGUGCCAUUUUAAACAUGUGGCUUAUAUUUCUCAGGUAAGUGAUUCAGGGUCAUCAUGACCCUCUUGUUAAAGUUAUGGCCCCUGAAACAGUACAUUUUCACCUAAUUACGUGCCUAGCUCAAAAAGUAUUUGAUGUAAACUUGUGAAACCUUGCUUGAGUCUUUAUCAUAAUGUUACCUUGCACACUUAACAUUCUUCUUGAGAAUCUUAGCGCUUAUUACAGAGUUAUGGCCCUUGAAAUAGCCAAAAUAGUGGAUUUUUUGUUUGUAAUGCUCAUAGUUCAAAAAGUAUAUGACCUAGAAUAAUGAAUCCUUUUCAUAAAAUGCUUGUUCAGGCUAUACCCCAUUAAGACUGCAAACAUUUGAAUUAUUUCCCCUUAUUUAUGACAAAUGUACCAGUGGGGGCACACUCUGUGUCCUACAGACACAUUCUAGUUUUUCAAUAAGUCAGAAGAUUUGCCCAAUUUGUUCAGGACAUUCAGGUUUUCUGUGAUAUUGGAAUGAUAGAUCUGCCAUACAGGCUUUACAGAAACUUACAUACCUCAGCUACGUUUUAGCUUGACUAUAGGAAGUAUAUGGAGAGCUAUCCUACUUGACCUGGUGUCGGCGUCUUUCCGCAUCCUGACCUCAGUUAAAGUUUUUUUACACUUUCUCUUUUUUCUCCUUAUCUCUGUAAUUACUUGAUGGAUUUGCUUUAAACUUAAAAUAGUUAAUCCUCAUCAUUACCCACAUCAUAUGGCACAAGGGCCAUAGCUCUCAAACCGAUAUUUUAUGUAUUAUAUCCCCUUUUUACUUAGAAUUUCAUGUUAGUUUUGAUGCACUUUCACUCUAUCUCAGUUAUUCCUAAAUGGAUUUGAUUCAGACUGAAAGUAGUUGUUCCACAUCAUCUCCCACAUCAUAUGACACAAGGCCCAUAACUCUGGUACCAAUAUUUAAUGAAUUAUUCCCCUUUUACUUAGAAUUUCAGGUGAAAGUUUUGAUGCACUUUCACUAUAUCUCAGUUAUUACUGAAUGGAUUUGAUUCAAACUUAAAAUAGUUGUUCAACAUCAUCACUCAUAUCAUAUGACACAAGGACCAUAACUCUUGCACCAAUAUUUCAUGAAUAAUCCCCCUUUUGACUUACAAUUUCAGGUUUAAGUUUUUAUACAAUAGUCAUGUUCGCUCUAUCUAUGUUAUUACUAAAUAGACUUGAUUCAAACUUAAAAGACUUGUUCCACCUUAUCACCCACAUCAUAUGACACAAGGUGCAUCACUCUGGCACCAUUUUUUAGCUCACCUGAGCCAAAGGCUCACGGUGAGCUUUCGUGAGCGCUCAAUGUCCAUCGUGUGUCGUGUGUCUGUCAGCAUUUUCUAAAAAGAAAUCUUCUUGAAAACAACUGGGCAGAAUUACACCAAACUCCACAGGAAUGAUCCUUGAGUGACCCCCUUUCAAUAUUGUUCAAAGAAUUGAAUUCUGUGCAGAACACUGGUAGCCAUGGUAACCAAAAGGAAAAACUUUAAAAAUCUUCUUGUUCAAAACCACAGGGCUCAGGGCUUUGGUUUCUGGUAUGUAACAUCAUCUAGUGGUCCUCUACUAAGAUUUAUCCCCCUAGGGUCAAAUAUGGCCCUGCCCCAGGGAGUCAUAUGGUUUAUAUAGACUUAUAUGGGGAAAACUUUGAAAAUCUUCUUGAUCAAAAUCACACAUGGCCUAGGGCUUUGAUAUUUAGUAUGUAGCAUCUUCUAGUGGUCCUCUAACCAAGAUUGUUCAAAUUAUCCCCCUAGGGUCAAAUAUGGCAUGGCCCCGGGGGUCCCAAGUUUUACAUAAACAUACAAGAAAAGACUUUAAAAAUCUUCUUGUCUGAAACCACAAGACAUAGGCCUUUGAUAUUUGGUUUGUAGCAUUGUCAGUGUGGGGAAUCACGUGGCCCAAAAUGGUACGGAACACGGAAGUCAACAUGGCGGAUUUCUGACUUUUUUACCAAUUUUCAAAGAAAUCGCCAAACCUAAGAAGAAACCGGGUCUGACACUUGGGAAAAGAAGUGGAUAAAGAAGCAAAAUAAGAAUAUCAAUAUCAAAGUAACUUUCCAAUUGCCGCAAUCCGUCAAGAAAUCACAAGCGAAAAGGCUGCUUACGCCAUCUAAAUCCCCUAUGUACAACAUAUCUCCAGUAAAUAAAAAAUAAAGUGAAUUUGGUCACCUGACGUUUCCAAAAAAAAAACAAAAAAAAAAGUUUACAAUAACUCCCGAUGAAAGUCUUCAAGAUCACUUUCUGGACAUGUAGAGGAAAACAGUGAUACCAGAGACGAUGUAGAACGCUUUUUAAACACUGAAUUACUGUGUGAAGAAAUGUGAAGAAAUCACAUGUUCGAUACUGCAAGCAGAAAGAGACUUCCUGUGAGAAGAAAAGAGGGUACUGUUAGUACAUCAAGGAACGCAGUUCAGAAAGGAGCUCUGUGUAUAAGGUGGGAGAAGGCUAGGACGAAUGAAUCUAAAAUGCUACCGAUGAAGAGGAUGGGACUGGACUGAGAAGUGCAUAUGAACGAGAAAAGAAAUAGUUACGAUAUCAGUACCGAAAAUAAAAGGAGGAUGAUAUAAAUACAAUUGGAGAAAAGAAAAAAUAUUUGAGUACUUAAUGUGAAAAGGAAUGUGAUAUAAAUCUAUACUAAAUGAGACGAGGAAUUUAAUACAAUUACGGGAAGUGAAAUAGGUACUGAGUGAAGAAAGAACCGAUGUUUUUAAUAGUAAACAUUAGGGAAAAAUUGAUAUAUUCAGUAAACAAUGUGAAAACUAUGAGUACAAUCAUGGGGCUAAAUUUUAUGCAAAAGGACAUUAUGUGAUAUAAAUUGGCAUACUCAAUGGGAAUAGAAAGACUCGAUGACAUUGAGAAAAAGAAAUUUCUAAUGACAGUGUUUUUCUUUGAUUUUGUUUUAAUUUAUUGUUGGAAGCUUGCUGUAUAGAUUCUGUAUAGAUAAUGAAAAUGAGCUUUGAUAGCUUUUUUGUCAAUUAAAAAAAAUGAUAUGUUUUUUUCUUUGCACAUGUUUUUGUGACAUAAUUGUGUUUAAUUAUGUUUUUAAUUGCAAUAAAGAAGUAACCAAACUGUUACUCAAGUUUCUAAUCACUGUGAAAUUGAAAAGAUAGAGGGUUUACGUUAGAGCCCAACUAAUAACAGCCUCUUUAUAUGAGAAAACUAGGUAGUUUGGAUCUUGUUAUGGUUCUUCCAAAGCCUCUUUCCGCUUCUAAGUAUCUGGAAUACUGUUUCAAUGGACAAUAUAGCCACCAAAAAACAAAAUCAGUUUGAAUUAUUAUAAUUAUUUAUUAAUUGUUCAUUUUUUGUACGUAAAUAUAAAAUGCUUAUUUAACUUGAACUCCUGGUUAAAUCACACUUUACUCACACAUAAAUAAUACUUGAGCAAAUUGCAAGUAUAUACACACACACAUAUAUAUAUAUGUAUAUACGAAUAUACAAAACUGAAACUAGAAACAACGUCAAAAUGCUGAUACCGUCAUAUAAAAAUACCAACUAUAAACAUAGUAACACAAAAUCCAUAAAAUCGCGAGUAGAGUAUUAUGAAACAAUUACAGAUAUACCAAGACGAUUUUUCGCUCCAAAAAUAUCACACAGACACAUGGGGUCUGAAAAACAUGCCCGCUUGACCAGACCACCAUAUUAGCUACGCCCAUAUACAGUAUUGUACAUCCCGAGACAUAGAACAGUCGUACAUAAUAUAAAAGCUCACCCAGUUCGCAAACAUUGUGUGGUGGGUGAACUUUUCAAAACGUAAUCCGAUGAAGACUAAUUUAUUUUGUAUGAUUGUUUUAUGUCUCGGGAUGUACCAUAACGUUAAAAGAUACUUUACAGGGGGUAGCAGAUAAUGUUGGCCUGGCCAAGUGGGGUAGGUUUACCAGACCCGAUAUACAAAAUGUAGUGUAGUAUUUUUUUCAAUGAUACUGCAAAAUAAAACGUUUUCUGUUAAAUGUUUCCAUGAAGAAACUAUCGAAACUAAUGACUACAAAUGCGUAAGAAAGGUAUAUAGUAACUUUUAUUUAGAGUUCAAUAAUUAGUUCAAAUUUUAGAUGAUUUUAGCACGAUACGUGACCAAAUUUUCAUUAAGAAAGUCAGCUUUGUAAAACUUAUUUGUAACUUAAUGGUAUAAACACUAGCAAAUCUGGUACGGCAAUGUUUAUCAAAGAUGUUUAGGGUGAUGUCAGCCCUAGAUCUGACAUUCCCAAUUAUGUUCUCUUCCCUAUUUUUGUAUCCGCUCAUAAAACGAAUAAACCGUCCCCCAAACAUUCUCCAGCAGGGUUUCCAAAACAUCUUAGUUUUGUUCGAGUAUCUCAUUUGUGUUGUAUUAGUGCACCCAAACCAACAAACAACCUCCAUCCACAAAAAAAUGAUAUACUCUUCAGUGGAAUUUUUUAUCUUUAACCAAUUUUAGAAAUUUUAUCAUUACUUCAUCAAGUCCAUUGCUUCAUCAGCCACAUCAACGGGGACUACAUUGUCUGUAUUAUGCAGCUCUUCACACUUGCAAUUCAGUGUUUAAGAAGUGCUCUACAUCGUCUGUAUAUAUCACUGUUUUCCUCUACAGGUCAAACAAGUGUUCUUGAAGACUUUAACUUUAAUCGAGAGUUAUUUUAUGUUUGUUUUUUGGAAGCGACAGGUGACCUAAAUGACUUAAUACUUCAGUUUGCUGGAUAUAAGCUGUAGAGGGGAUUCAGAUGGCGUAAGCAGUCUUUUUGUUGGUUUUCUCACUGGUGAUUUCCUGGCGCAUUGCGGCAAUUGGAAAGUUAGUUUAAUAUUGAUAUUCUUGUUUUGCUUCUUUAUCCACUUCUUUUUCCAAGUGUCAGACUCCGUUUCUUCUUAGGUUUUGCCAUUUCUGUAGAAGAAAAGUAUACAAGAUUAGAAAACUAAACAACUGCGUCAUUUUGAAAUCAGAUUAAUAGAUUUUAUGUAAUUUUGAAACAUGAAAGUCUUAGCGCGCUGACCUGUUUAAACAUAAAUAAAGAUUGCAGUGCUUCCGAACGAUUUUAAAAAACUGAAAACCACGUUUGAAAUAGUUAAUUUAUUAAUUAUGACUCAAUUUUGAAGUUGAAUCGCCGUUGGUGACACAUGCACGUGUUGCGUAUUAGACUGCCAACAGUUAAUACGUGUUGCGUAUCAUAGCAAGUGUCGCGUACCAUUUCAAUACUUUGUCGAUCUUUUACAAGAAUUCACGAAAAAUCAUAAAGAAACACUGUGCAUGGUUACUAUAUGAUAAAGAUCUAACAGUUACAGAUUGAAACAAGUACGAAAAACUGCAUAUUACAUAGAUUUUUGUGUGCAAAGAGUAAUUACGUGUAUCGUACCAUUGCGUUUUUACAGAAAAUUAUCCUCGGUUCGGUCAAAACCUCGAAGUUAACUCAGAAACUAGAGAGAACGUAGACAAGACACAUACAUCGCUGGAAAGAGCAUUAAAAUGCGCAUAGACUGCGCUAUAAUACGAACGAAAUAGAUGCUGUAGUUUUUACUAACCUUUGAAAAUUGGUAAAAAAGUAAGAAAUCCGCCAUGUUGAUUUCCGUGUUCCGUACCAUUUUGGGUCACGUGAUUCCCCACACUGAUUGUCUUAUGGUCUUCUACCAAAAUUGUUCAAAUUAUACCACUGGGGUGAAAAGAGGCCCAACCCUGGUUUCCCAAAUUGUACAUAAACUAAUAUAGGAAAAAACUUUAGAAAUCUUCUUGUCUUAAACCACAAGACCUAGACGUUUGAUAUUUAGUAUGUAGCAUUGCCUUGUGGUCCUCUACUAAGAUUGUUUAAAUUAUUACCCUGGGAUGAAAAGAGGGCCCUGCCCUUGGGUCACUUAAUUAUUAUAUAAAUUAUAUAGGAAUUUUUUUU